GUUUCCGUGGAGACAGCGGAGCCUGCGGAAGGCGGCGGCGGAAGCACCUGCGGGAGAAGGCUGAGGCAGGGUAUGGUGCCUCCGACGGCCCUGUGAGAGCGAAGCGGCCGCGGGGCUCGCCAUGCGCCGGCGGCCCUGACAUGGGCGCCAGUGGCUCCAAAGCUCGGGGCCUGUGGCCCUUCGCCUCGGGGGCGGGGGGCGGCGGCCCGGAGUCAGCAGUCGCUGAGCAAGCUUUGGUGCGGCCGCGAGGCCGAGUCGUGCCCCCCUUCGUAUUCACGCGCCGCGGCUCCAUGUUCUAUGAUGAGGAUGGGGAUCUGGCUCACGAGUUCUACGAGGAGACAAUCGUCACUAAGAAUGGGCAGAAGCGGGCCAAGCUGAGGCGGGUCCAUAAGAACCUGAUUCCUCAGGGCAUCGUGAAGCUGGAUCCUCCCCGCAUCCACGUGGAUUUUCCUGUGAUCCUCUAUGAGGUGUGAGCCUGGGGAGUGGCAGGCAUAAACACUCCCUACCCCAGCAAGAAACCCCCAGGCUCAAGGUGUGGCUUCCAUUAAGGAACCUAAGCUGGGGCCACAACCCUGAAUAAACUGCAUUGGCCUGGAACCUUCAGCUGUGAGCGGGGCAGUCCUGCAGUGUUGGUCGGGUGUUGGUUUGUAUGUGGACAAGAGGUGGCUGGCCCCUGGUGAGGGCUAAUGGCAUAGUUACCAGCCCACCUUCCCCAGCAAUCCCUACAAGGAGCAUGGCAGGGCAUAUGCUGGUCAGGAAUGCCUCGUUCUUGCACCCUUGCCUGGCCUGCUUUCUUCCAAGCUUGCCUAGGGCCCAGCCCUGCUAAGGGUUACAGCACUUUACAAGCAAGGUCUGCCUUCUUCCAGCCCCUGGGCUGCAGGAGCUGUACGCAAGCGGGAACUUCCCUUCCCUCAUUUCCCUUACCCCCUUGUUGGAGCAUUUCAGCCGUUUGCUACCUCGAUUCCUCCUGUGUUGGACAGAGGCUGGGGGCAGUGCAAGCCUGAUUCUUCCUGUCUACCUGCUCAUCUGUUCCCACUCCCAGACGGAUGGACAGUUUGCCAGCUGUUAAUAGGAGAUGGGACUGGUAUAGGAGGAUACUCCCUCCACCCAGGGCUGGGUUGAUCCCUCCCCACUGCAACUACUUGUUGCCCUCACACACAUCCCAGUUGAGAGGGCCUAAGAUGGGAUCAGGAAGGGCUAUGGAUGCCUGUGCCUAUGGGGAGUUGUACCAACCCAUCUACUUUGUCUAAUCCUCCAUGCCUUUGAACCAGCCCCACACAAACCCCUGCCAUUGGGUGACCAUCCGCCACCCAUUGGUGAGGGACAGCACCCUAGGGCUGGUGCCAAUAGCUAUAAGGAGCCCAUCACCCCUUUCCCUAAGUAUACCCAUCCCUCAGGAUCAGUCAAGGGAAGGUAUUGGAGCCCCUGGGUAAGGACAGAAAGGAGAGAUCAACCAUAAAGGAAUACUUAAAAUGUGAAAGUUUGUAAAUAGUUUAGUCCAUGAUGUUGGGGCAGAGUCUGAUUUCUACAUCGAAAUGAUUUUUUUUUAAUUCCUUACUGUGCAAGCUCUGUGCUUUUAAGAGUGUGGGAAAUGGCUUGGGAAGGGUGGCCCCUAAUCUAAGAAGAAGACUGUUGUGUUAUUUGUUUAGUUUCAAUAAAAUUAUUUGUAGACCCUGCA